ACGACGUGCACAAAUUCAGAUCCUCUCCUUUGCCACCCCCAAUCUUUGUUUUCUAUAAAUAUAUAUAAACCAAAGAAGGGCCCAGAUUCCCUUGGACAGUCUGUCUCUUCUCGUGGGUUGCCCCUGUCUUCUCCAUAGCCUCCUCACUGAAACACCCUCUCUCUCUCUCAGUAUAUUAUAUUGCAUUGCUCUGUGCUACAAACAGAUCAAGUUUUUAGUCACCAGGCUUUCAAUGGCUUCGAUCAUCGAAUCUGGGUGGCUGUAUCUGAUCACACAUUUCAGUGACUUUCAACUGGCAUGUCUUGGAAGUUUCUUUCUCCAUGAAAGUGUCUUUUUCUUUUCCGGACUUCCUUUUAUAUAUCUUGAGAGGGCAGGUUGGCUGAGCAAAUACAAAAUUCAGACAAAAAAUAACAGCCCGGCAGCUCAGGAGAAAUGUAUUACUCGCCUACUGCUGUAUCAUUUUGGUGUCAAUCUUCCAGUUAUGAUCUUCGCAUAUCCCGUCUUCAAAUUCAUGGGCAUGCAAAGUAGUCUUCCAUUGCCGUCCUGGAAAGUAGUUUUAACGCAGAUAAUAUUCUACUUCAUCCUUGAGGACUUUGUAUUCUAUUGGGGACACCGGGUUCUGCAUACCAAAUGGUUGUACAAGCAUGUCCACAGUGUCCAUCAUGAAUAUGCUACACCUUUUGGACUGACUUCUGAAUAUGCUCACCCUGCUGAGAUACUGUUCCUCGGCUUUGCUACCAUUGUUGGUCCUGCAAUCACUGGGCCUCAUCUGAUUACUUUGUGGUUAUGGAUGGUACUAAGAGUCUUAGAGACAGUUGAGGCACAUUGUGGUUACCAUUUUCCAUGGAGCCUUUCAAACUUCUUGCCUUUGUAUGGGGGAGCUGAUUUUCAUGACUAUCACCACCGUUUGCUUUAUACCAAAUCUGGCAACUACUCGUCAACUUUUACUUACAUGGACAGGGUAUUUGGAACCGAUAAAGGUUAUAGAAAGUUGAAAGCUCUGAAGAAAGUCGGCGUUGAAGAUGGUGACAAGCAAAUGUAACUACAGGACGGUCAAGACAUUGCUUCUUCAUUUAAGGCCAUAUUAGAAGAGGUCUCGUUCUGUCCAUUCCUCAUCUUGUGUGAAACCACCUUUUUGUGUUUGAUUGCUGUUUACAGAGUGCAGUUAUGUGGAAUCAGUGGAAAGCUUUCCUUAGACAUUUUUUGUCCUGCUAUUGCUUACAUUAGUGAAGUAGCUGUCUCUCUUUUCUCUAGCUGGACGCCAAUUCCACAUAGAUUGCUCCUGAAGUGACCCAGUUAAUAAUUUGAUGUAGGAUCAUGGAAUCUUAAUCGCCAUUACGAUGGACUUCCUAAAUUGUGAA